AUGUUAUCCCAAGCAAUUGCCAACUACACCUCACACCGGAGCACCUCCGACCCUCUACCCUCCGGUCCUGCUCCAUUCACUUCCUCCGAAUUCUUCAAACUAUGUCGACCAGGCACAAAGCCUAAAGCCAAGAACUGGGACCACCACCUCAGCACCGAAUGUCGCAACCGCCUACCCUCAAACCUGAAAGCCUCAGCCAGCAGUGUAAAACCUGGUCCAGACGGCGCCUCCAUCAUCCCUCAGCGGCAAAUCAGUCUAGGUGCCGGAAGACCCAUCCCAGAGUACUUUCCCUGGGACUCGCUGGAGCUUUCUGGCAAACAGUCUCGAGGGGCUGCUGUUGAUGAGGCAGUGGUUAUGCCGUGUAUGAGGGGAGAACAAGAUUUUGACUUUGCGGUUGCGUUGAACUAUGGAUAUGCUGCUGGGUCGCCGCAGCUGUUGAGAUUCAUCACUGAACAUAUUGAGAUGAUACAUGAUCCGCCGUAUGAUGACUGGGAGACUUGUUUGACGAGUGGCACUACUUCUGCUAUGGACACCGUGUUCCGCAUGUUUUGCGAUCGGGGAGACUGGAUCAUUACUGAGGAGUAUUCUUAUCCUGGAGCUAUUGAGGCUGUUACGCCGCUGGGCAUUAACAUUCUGGGUAUCAAGAUGGAUGGUCAGGGUCUCAUACCGGAAGAUCUGGAGGCUAAGCUGCGCUCUUGGGAUCCAGCUAGAGGACGCAAGCCAUCUGUAAUGUACAUCGUUCCUUGCGGUCAGAACCCUACAGGAGCCACACAAUCGGCAGAGAGACGAAGGAAGAUCUAUCAGGUUGCCGAGGAGCACGACUUAUACAUCAUCGAGGACGACCCAUACUACUUCCUGAAGCUGCACUCCAGGUCGGAGUCUGGAGAAGACAAGCAAAUGCCGGUCGAUGAGUACCUUCGGCAGCUGCCUCCAUCGUAUCUAUCCAUGGACGUCUCCGGUCGCGUCGUCCGUCUGGAUGCCACAUCAAAGAUUCUCGCGCCUGGACUCAGAUGUGCAUGGAUGACAUGCUGCUCUCAGAUUGCCGAAAAAUACAUGAACUACACCGAAGUGGGUAGUGUGGCUCCUUCUGGAUUCUCUCAAGUGGCCAUGUACAAGCUUCUGGACGUCACUUGGGGUCAUGAGGGCUUCAUCCGCUGGCUAGCAUUCUUGUCUCACCAAUACCGCCAACGAAGAGAUGCGUUGGUCUUGGCAUGCGAGAAGUACCUUCCUCCUGAUCUCUUUACCUGGGUCGUUCCUGAGGCUGGCAUGUUCCUCUGGCUCCAUCUUCAAUCGCCGACCCCACGUAUCUCGUGCUCGUCUUGCUCGGACUGUUCGAUUGAGAAGGAGAAGACUGCUCUGUUGGAUCUUGAGGAGAGAAUCUACAAUCGCUCCAUGGAGAAGGGAGUUGUAAUUAGCAAGGGAAGCUGGUUUGCGGCUGAACCUGACCAGCUGAAGGGUGUCAAGCUUCGUCUGACAUUCGCUACUGCACCUCUGGACAGCUUUGACUGGGCAGUCAAGCAAUUCGCAGACGCAGUAAGAAGCGAGCUUUGA